AUGUACACAUCAGUAUGUAGGCUCACACUCCGGCGUGUAUGUAUACACUACCUCAUUCCGCAGUACCGAGAGGCGUCUGGGCGUACAGCCGAUAAGCUGACCUUGGCCGAGAAGAUUGUGUACUCUCAUCUAACGGAUGCCACUCAGCCCAUUGCGCGCGGGGAGACCUACCUGCACCUGAAACCCGAUCGAGUAGCCAUGCAAGAUGCCAGCGCACAGAUGGCUCUGCUGCAGUUCAUGUUGGCUGGACUUAAGACGACCAAAGUGCACUCGUCGAUCCAUUGCGAUCACUUGAUUGCGGCUGAGAAGGGACCUGCGGCCGAUCUCGCGACGUCAAAUAAAGAAAGUGGAGAAAUCUACGACUUUUUGGGCUCUGCUGCUAAGAAAUACGGAAUCGGCUUCUGGAAACCUGGAUCUGGUAUCAUUCAUCAGAUUGUUCUGGAGAACUACGCUGCGCCGGGUACGCUGAUGCUAGGUACGGAUUCGCACACACCGAAUGCGGGGGGUCUGGGAACAAUUGCGAUUGGGGUAGGAGGUGCAGAUGCGGUGGAUGCCAUGGCUGGUUUGUCAUGGGAGCUCAAAGCACCCAAGGUCACUGCUGUAUAG